UGUCCUACUGCGAGUGACAGCGUUGUGUCAAAGCACAGCUUCAAUAUUGGAAAACCGCGCUGGACGCUCGACAGGUUACCAUCGCAACGCCAGUCGUCGAGUUAGUAGGCAGCGUACCGGUCCGGCUUUGUGUUUCGGUGCUAGUAGCAGCAGUGUGUGAGUGUAAACAAUCGUUACCGAAAAAGAAAAAAACAUCUCCCUAACGAACGAAUCACAGUGGCACACAGCAAAAAUCGUGACAGUGACCCAAACGCGGUGAACCAGACCAGGAGCGCACGGAGGGCUUUCCUUUUUGGUGCGAUUUUCCCGCAAAAAAAAAAAAAACGUUCCAUUGCAUGAUUCGGUUGCCUUCGCGACGCCGUUGCUUCAAAGUGUUCCUCUCCGGUUGUUCCCCACGGUCGGCUAGAACAGCGGAUCGCUACAAGGGGUGCACCUGAAGCAGAACGGAUGCACCGACCGUGCACGCAUCACUGACCGCGAGACGUGUGCAGAGCACGGAAAUUGCCGAGGCUCUUAUGUCAUGUCCAAAAUUGGCGCACUAUUAAAAGUUCUAGUACCAGCAAGAUUCCCCGGCGAAACUUGAAGCGUUCGGGGUGUGGGGCGUGAAGUUGGUGGAACGAACGGAAACGUGGAAGUGCAUUCCAAACAACCACCGGCAGUAGAAAGGCGGAACGAACCCCAUGAGAUGAGUGCACUCUAGUGUUCGGGGAGGCAGGGCUCGGUUUCUCGCUAUCUUAAGGUGGAAAAACAACAACAAACUGCAUCCGACAGUUUCUCACCAUUCUCCCGUGUCGUUCACUAUCACUGCAACAAGAGUGGGGUGAGCGAAAGGCAUGUGUGUGUGUGUGUGUGGAGCAUAAAAGGUGAAUUAAAAUUAUGUUUUUGAUAAGCCAUUUGGCGGCCCACGACUAUGUUAUGACUUUCACCAUUCAUCUUGCCAUCAUCUCCAUGCUGGGCGGCAGCCUGGUUCGUGUCUGGUAGUGUUGUGUUGUUGAAGUGCGGCUCGUAGGCAUGUUGCAAAACAUAUUUUUGCAAAGAAUGAGGCAGUGAGGCAGUCCAGUCUGCUUAAGCGUACAGUAGUGGAGUGUUUGUGCGGUGAAGGGCUGUAGCCAAAAAAACAAGGCAAAAUAGGCGCCUGUGAGACCCAUAGCUUCUGGAUACGAUUUGGAGAAAGUGUUGUGGCCAAACACACACCCUUGAGGCCUACCGAAGAAAAGCCGGAGAACCGAUAUCAUUCCGCUUGAUGGUGCGCAGGAAAACCGACCAUGAAACAGAAUCGCUCAACCGACAAGCUACAGAUGGAAAUACUCAAACGCACCGUCUGCCGGCUCAAGCCGGUCCGCAAGUUCUGGGCAGCUGGAUCUCAUUUCUUCCUGCAGCUAGUGCUGUGCCUCAGCUUUGCCACAUCGCUGGUCAGCUGCAACCGUGCGCCGGUGUUUCUGAUCGACGAUCAUGCCGAAAUAGUUAUAAGAUUGAAGGAGUUCCCCGAAACGCCGGUAGGCACACUGAUCUAUCAUCUGCGCGGGCACGAUGCGGACGGUGAUCCACUCACCUUUGGCGUGCAGAAAAGUGCCGACAGCCACAUCAUAAGACUGAAGCAGAACGCAUCGAAUGAAGCGUUCGUCUACCUCAACCAUGAGCUCGACCGUGAAGCACGGGAAGAAUACACGCUCAUACUAACGCUCACCGACGGUCGGCUGGGUGAGGGUAACUUUGUGACGCAAAGCUUCCUGCUGCUGGUGGAGGACAUCAACGACAAUGAGCCUAUCUUUAAACCGUUUGCCUCGGUGCUGGAGGUGGCGGAGGAUAGUCCACCAGGGAUUCUUACCACGCUCGAAGCGGUGGAUAAGGACGAAGGAGCGUACGGGCAGGUUGUGUACUACAUACAGGGAUUGCGCGAGGAGAACAACGUAUUCUCGAUCUCAACCACCAACGGGAAGGGUGUUGUGCGGUUGACGCGUGCAUUGGACUACGAGCGGCAACAUUUCUAUCACAUCAAUGUACUGGCAGUUGAUCGGGCUAUACAGGGAAGAAUCAACACAGGAACUGCCGCUUUGCUGGUCAGAGUGAAGGACGUCGAGGAUCAACCGCCAGAGUUUCUGGUGACCCAACCGGUGGUGCGCAUUUCUGAAGAUGCACCGAUCGGAACGGAAGUGAUGCGAGUCAAAGCUGUAGAUGGUGAUCGAGGUAUCAACAAUCGCAUACUGUACGGAAUAUCCAACAACGCCAGCGAGCUGUUUGAGAUCGAUCGCUUCAAAGGUUCACUAAGAACGAAGCAGCAGCUCGAUCGGGAAGACCCUAAAAAUCCCAUCAAUGGUGCUUUUAUACUGGAAGUAGUGGCCACCGAGGAGAGUAAACAGCAGCCCGCACCCUCCUCGACUAUGGAGAUCACCGUGAUCGUGACGGAUGUGAAUGAUGAGAUUCCACGCUUCCGAAGCGAAGGCUAUGAGUGUGAAAUUGGGGAAAAUGCUCAGGAAAACACACUGGCCAGGUUUAUUGAUGGAAGUAUCAACGAAGUGUACGACUACGAUCAGGGUAAAAAUGGAACCUUCCGACUAUCGCUCGAUCCACCGAGCGAUAUCUUUGAGGUGAUUCCGAAACGAGCGAUCAAUGAAGCUACCUUUGGGUUGCGUGUAAAGGACCCCACAAUGCUCGAUUACGAGCGAGUACGUGAACUUACCUUAACUGUCGUGGCAAGUGAGAUUGAGACGGCUGGCCGCAGCAGUACGGCCCAGGUGCGUGUGGUGGUGCUGGACCAGAACGACAACUUUCCGGAGUUCGUGCAGCCAGCCUACGAAAUUGAUGUACCGGAGAAUGUGACCGCUGGCACGGUAUUGGUACAGAUCCAAGCAACGGACGGAGACUCGGGUGUCUUCGGUACUGCAGGCAUACGGUACACGAAUCUUACCGGUAGUAUCUCGAGCUUUCUGCACCUAGAUCCACGCACCGGUACCAUUACGCUCAUGGCGUCCGAUGGUGACCCAGUGUUUGAUCGCGAAAUCGUUCAAAAGCACUACCUUACUGUGGAGGCUCGUGACAGUGAAGGUCGGGGCAAUCGAAACACGGUUCCACUUAUCCUGAACGUGCGAGAUGUCAACGAUAAUGCACCGAUUUUUGUGCAGAAACGCUACGAGGUACGCUUGAAAGAGAAUGCGUUUGAAUUUGAAUCACCGAUCGCAGUUGAGGCACGUGAUAACGAUCUGGAAGGGUCGCCGAACAGUGCGGUAGAGUAUCGGUUGGUAAGCACGCAUCAAUCGGAAUACUUUCACAUCGAUCGUCGUACCGGUAGAUUGUCGGUGCGUGAGGCACUUGACUUCGAGCGGCUGGAGAGUGGUGGAAGUAGCGACACGCGCACUAUUUCACUACACGUUGAGGCAGCUGAUGGCGGUGACCCGGCGCUAACGGCUGAGGUUGAAGUGAUGGUGUACGUGCAGGACGUGAAUGACUAUGCACCGGUUUUUCUCGAGGCACAGUACGCGAUCGUUAUCCCGGAGGAUACACCGAGCGGUCUGCCCGUGCUGAGGGUGACAGCGAUGGAUGGGGAUGGCUCGUUUCCCAACAAUCUCGUCACGUAUCGGAUACAACAGGGUGCGGAUGGUAGGUUCGUGAUAGGGGCAAGCACGGGCGAGAUAUCGGUCACGCAUGGGGCAUCGCUCGAUCCGAAUCUGAUCGGUCCUGACGAGCAGGGAUCGGGAUCGACGUACGUACUGGAAGUGAUCGCCACGGACGGUGGCAACGGGGACCAGCAGUUGCAAGGAUCCUGUCUGGUGAAUGUGACAAUCACUGACGUUAAUAAUAAACCGCCGUACUUCAUUGGGCCUACGGCAGUGGCGGUGCGUGAGAAUACACCCGUGGGAACGGAGGUGUACCGACUGCUUGCUAGCGAUCCGGACGAUGGAGCAAUGCUACGGUACUACAUCGAUCGUAGCCAAUCGGAGGGAAAAACCGAGGAAGGUGCGUUGGUGAAGCUGGACGACUACGAUUUUGUAGCGGCAUUUGUGCUCAACGAGACGAAUGGCUUACUGAAGAUUGCAAAGCUGUUGGAUCGUGAGAAAAUUGCCGAAAUCAAGCUAGCCUGUGUGGUGGAGGACGUAGCAGCCGAACGAGGCGAUCAGAUGGCAAACACCUUCCUCAAGAUCACCGUGCUGGACGAGAACGAUAACAAUCCCAAGUUCCGGAAACCGUUCUACAAACACUCCAUCGCCGAAAACAGCCAGUACGGGGUGGCUGUCUGUACGGUGGUGGCCGAAGACGCAGACCAAAACAAAACCGUCAAGUACAGUCUGGAGGGUGACAGAGGGGUGCUGGAUCUGUUGCACGUUGAUGACGAAACCGGUGAGAUCGUGGUGCGCAAUCGGAUCGACCACGAAGAGUACGGUUGGCUUAACUUCUCGGUACGGGCGGCAGACACCGGCAGUCCACCGAGAGCAUCCUUUGUGGAGGUGUUUGUGCAGGUGCUGGACGAGAAUGACAACAAUCCGUACUUCGUGGACAGUGUGAAUGAUUUCUACGUGUCGGAGAAUGCUACCAUCGGAACGGAGAUAGCGAUCAUACUGGCAAAGGAUCUCGAUUCCGGCGAUUUCGGACGCAUCACGUACAUACUGGAUCGUGUCAGCUCAAAGGAAAAGUUUAGUAUCGAUCCGGAGAAAGGAAUCCUGCGAGUGGCGGGUGCACUCGAUCGGGAAGAAACUGCCGAGUACAUGAUGGCUGUGGAGGCUUGGGAUAACUAUCCUUACGGAUAUCUGAAUGGAGAGAGUCGGAAUGCCUUUAAGCACAUUCUAGUGCACGUGGUGGACGAUAACGAUAAUGCACCGGUGAUCCAGAAACCUUCCGGUUGCAGUAUGAUCACCGAGUACCACAACAUCAACGACCCGAUCGUGAAGCUACGAGCGACCGAUGCAGAUGAUCCAGCGAACGGAAAUGGUCAGCUCAGCUUCGACAUAAGUGACGCUUCCGGGAUCUUCUACAUCCAGCCGGUGUCUGCCCAGUACGCAGAAAUAUACUCCCGCGGUCCGCUGAAGAAUCUGCACGGGAACUAUACGCUGGAGUUGAUUGUGAGUGAUCUCGGUAGCGUACCGAAUACGGUGCGCGAUACGGUUGAGAUCUGCGUGACUGAUUUCAAUGAUCAUGCGCCGGUGUUUGUCGUUCCCAGUGGCAAUACGACCGUGAAGGUGUUUGAGAACACAACGGUCGGCAAACCAUUCUUUCAAGUGCACGCUUACGAUGAAGAUGUCGGCGAGAACGCGAUCGUGCGCUAUCGGCUCAAAAUGGACUCGCUGGGUAAUUAUCGAAAGUUUUCGAUCGAUAAAGAGACGGGCGAACUCAGCCUGGCAGCGGCACUCGAUCGAGAGCAACAGAUGAUGUACGAUCUGCGAAUCGAAGCGUACGAUCAGGGUAUUCCAACACCGCUCAGCAGCAGCGUUGAUUUGAUCGUAUACGUACGGGACGUCAACGACAAUCAGCCACAGUUUUUGCUGAAAGAAAUUAGUCUCAACUUUACCGAACAUAUGAUACCGGGUACAGAAAGAGUACGGCUGCCGGACACGGUCGACCAGGACUAUCUGGAUCCACUGGAGGGACCGUCGACGAGUGUCGUUUGCUACUACAUCGUGCAAGGAAACGAGGAUGGACACUUCGCACUGGAUCCAGUGACGCAUGACUUGAUGGUGGAGAAAGAGCUAGACCGGGAGAAUAGAUCCCUAUACAAGCUGCACAUUAAAGCAUCGGAGGAGUGUUCCAACGCAAGCCUUUCGUCUGACAUGGGUGGACAGACGAGCAAUCUGCUGAAGGCGACCGUGUACAUAAACGACAUCAACGACAACUCACCCGUGUUUGAGUCGAAGAUAUUCACCGGCGGUAUCUCAACGUCAUCCCAGUUCGGUGCAACCAUUCUGCAGCUGAAGGCCAGCGACGCUGACGAUGGCUUGAACGGAUUGAUCCGGUACUAUCGGCACGGUGAGGUCCGGAAAACGCUUGCCGAAGGUUUGGACGAUCUACGUACCGACCCAUUCCUCGUCGAUGCAGACACGGGCAAAGUGUUGCUGAACUUUUUCCCACAAAAGUCGAUGCGAGGUUACUUCGAUUUCUCGGUGACGGCAAACGAUUCGUACGGCUGCCACGAUCGGGCGCACGUGUUCAUCUAUCUGAUACGCGAGGAUCAGCGGGUAAAGUUCAUCCUUCGGCAACGUCCGUCCGAGAUUCGACACAAUAUAAACAGUUUUCGAGAAAUACUGAGCAACGUCAGUGGAUGUAUCGUCAAUAUCGACGAUAUUCGUGUGCACGAGAAUCCGGACGGGUCGGUGGAUCGGACCAAAAGCGACAUGUUCAUGCAUCUGGUCGAUCAGAAGAACAACUCGGUGCUGGAGGUGCAUCAGGUGCUGCAGCUGCUGGAUAAGCACGUGGAAAAGCUGGAUCGAUUGUUUAAGGAAUUCAAUGUGCUAGACACGCAGGCGUCCGAGCUAGUACAGACGGCCGAGAUGGACGAACUGUCGGUCAACAUAAUAUGGCUGUUUGUGACGAACAUUCUGCUCGGUGCACUGCUGAUCGUUGUGAUUGGGCUUUCGAUAUCGCAACGAUUAUCCUACCGGCGACGGUUAAGAGCUGCCAAGAUAGCUGCAUUUGGUGCAUCGGGACCUAGUCGCAUGUACCAGGAAGUACUCGGAGCAGUACCGAACACGAACAAGCACAGCAUGAAGGGCAGCAAUCCGAUCUGGAUCGGCAGCGGCAAUCCGGACGGUGAAUGGCUUAAGGACGAGUUUGACAAGUGCAAGGACGCGAUCGAUGCACAGUACGAGCGCUCGCUUAGCUCCGGCUUCUUCAUCGACAACUGCCUGCAGUACGAGGCACGGAAGGGUCUCGAGGCCGGGGCCGAAGCUAACAACGCCGUUAACUAUCAGAUCAAGCGCGGCAGUGAAUCGACGCUCUGUGCACGCAACCUGGAAACGACCGAACUGUGAAGUAGUCGUUCUGUACAUAUGUACAUCUCUUCCUCUCCUACAAUCCCACUACAAUAAACUCGAGAGCUGAAGCGCUUCGUAAUGAUGAACUUCGGAUUCGUGUGCUUGCUGCACGAUUGGGGCGGCAAGUAAUGGCGGCGAAAAGUAAAAACUCCAGACUCACACCCUUUUCCGAACAUACACAUGUACAUAUAUCGACAUCCAGUGGAGAGCCACAAAUAAGUUUUAUUACCAGGUUCGUUUGCCCCGUUGACCGGUUUGGGGUGUUGUUUUUCUCCCCACCCUCUCCUAAUCAAAACCACACCGGUUCCGGGUGGCACAGAAUUAACACAGCUUUUUUUCUGGUUUUUCUUUGUUUCUAAUGGGGGGGUGUGUGGUUUGGGGAGCUUGUUUCGUACUUCUACUGCGUUCUAGUGUACUUUGUGUGGUUUGGCGUAACGCUUAACGGUUAAAUUGGUCCUUUGACUCGCGUCUAUUGUUUGUGGCUUAUAGCCAUUUCCAGCGUGCCGCCACUAUCACCAGCAGCUCUCGGAAGGCUCGCGUUAGAGAACCUUCCCCCGUACGGUCGACACCGUUUCGCACUUAUCGUGAUUAAUGGAGUCAAAUCUAAAUCUUCGUCGAUUAAAUCGCACUCGAUUUACGGUCGUCCAUUUAAUUUCGGAGCAGGCGGGGAAAAACACACCAAUACGCUAGGUAUGAGACUAGGCAGAGCACUAAUCUUGGCAACCCUGAAAUGCCCCGGAAAACAACCGGUAGACGCUUCGAGAGGAAAAAAAGAAAAAAGCACGGUGGGUGGGAACAGUGAAGGAACAAUUUCAGCUCGCUAAACGGGAACGCGUGUAGGCAAAAGAAAAUCAGGCGAAGGAAAAGGGGAUCGCGGGUCUCUAAAACAACAGGAUCCCUUUUUUGCUUUUGACACAGAUAACCGCGACCCGUCGUGGAGCAAACCAUUCUCGCAGAGGGAUUUUCGGUUUGCCUCGCUAUAAAUAAAGCGCCUGGGCAGGGCUGUUAAUCAGCUUAACACCGGUACUUCGGGUUUCGGCCGGUGCGUCGGUUCUUCUUCAGAGUUUAACUCGCCACCGGUAGGUACGCGUUGGCGCACUGGGUAUGAUUGUAUUGUAUUGUAGCGCAGCCGACGGAAAAAUACACCUCACUGUGGAGUGUUUCCUAAGGUCGUAACACUUCUUCAGCACCAAUUCUAGUUGCUGCUGCUGCUGCUGCUAACACACGGUGGGCAAAUUAAUUUACGAGAUUUUCAAUCUCCUCCUUCAUCCUCCACACCGACACAGAGGCGGUUGAGUACGGUUAGCAGUCUCACCCCUUUCAUCUCGACUUUCGGUUUGGGUUUUUCCAAUUUUCCUCCCCUUUUCCACCUUUUGCGUCCCUUUUGCACGACCACUACUAAUCUUACAUGGACUUAAAAGAUCUUGUGCCCACAAACACCGGCCUUUUGCUCCAUAUUCGUACCUCGAUUGGUACGACUUUUAAUACGUCACACGCGCCAGUGAGUGUUUGCACACCUGCGAAACACGUGCUCCCCCAACCUGGGGGGUUGUUGGGUGGGCGCUGGUUGUUAUUUACAGCUCCUCUACCGAUUGGCACGAUCGCGCACGGCGACGUGACGCCAUCGAUCCGCAGAUGCCGCGACCGAGCUCGUGCAGUUGCUGCUAAUCCUUUACCGGCCGGCCCUGCGGAUUGUCCUGGGACGCACAGCACAGGCUGGUGGUUUGGUUCAGCUGGCUCGUCAGCAUCGUGUUCACCCGUCGCAUGGGACCUGCGGUCACGAACGAUAGGGAUGGAGGAAGAAACAAGGAAGCACGUGCAUUAGAGGAAUCGCGUCGCGGGAGCUGAGUAGCGUCGUGGAUAUAAAUCGAUUAGUUGCAGUGGGGCCAGAUUCUUACCGGUUUGCCAUUUCCGUUGCCCGGUCGGCGACUGGGACCCGUUGUACAGAAACGAACGCUCGGUAUCUGGAAAUGGGGCGGGUGAGAGCGAGAGAGAGAGAGAGAGAGAAAAAUGGCGAGGAACUCGUUACGAUGCGACGCGACUCGUGAGGGACGGAACACGCUAAUGCACACCAUUUCUUACUAUUCGCAAGUGGUCCGGCGAACCGGAGCACGAGUAACGGGACGUACCGGUGCGCCGAUGGCUGCUGGCACUGUCCGGUGUGACGCGCACGAACGGACAGCAGCGGAAGAAUUGCUGGAACCCGCGCCGAAACCUAACGCGGUAGCACAGAAGCAGAACAUUGACAUUAGCGGUGCAGCUGCACAACGAUCCCCCCCAUCAACCCCUUACCGUGAGUUCAUCCAGCAGUAGAUGAUGGGAUUGUACAUCGAGUUGCUCAUCGCGAGCCAGUAGAUGGCGAGGUACACCUCCUGGAUGUACGGUUUCUUCGUCAGCUCCGGAUAGUACGACGUGAGGAUGAAGUAGAUUUGAAACGGAAGCCAACAAACGGCAAAGAUUAUCACCACAAUCAUCAUCAUCUUAACGACCUGCGUUGGGAUCGCCGGAAGCAACAACCGGAAGCCGGAAACCAGCCGGGAGCGGGCGAUGGAAAUGGAAAUAAAAUACGACAUUACGUUGCGACGAUAGAGCUAAUGAGUGUCCGCGGUUUGUAGGACACGGAGGGUGUGUGUGUGAACAAGAGAGACAACCAGAGAGAAAACAAACAGAACAAAACAUUUCAUUUUCCAUCAACCGCCUCUAGGAAGACAACCCGGAAUCCUUCCCCCUUGUUCCUAAGCGCGCCAGGAAAAGUUUGUUCCAAUUUGCUCCAGAUUCCAGCUUCCUGCGGCUUCCCCCGGGUUAGGCGGUAAUUUAAACGUGCCCAUUUUCCAAGGAAACUUCAAUCAUUAGAUGCCAAAGUUUGGUUCUGUCUCUCUCUCUCCCUGUCUCUCUCUCCAUCACCACCGAAAAACUUUGUCCAUUUCGCUUGACGAACUACGCGUACGUAGCCUUGGCCCGGUAUUGGGUGGCAAUCGACUACCUACCCGCCGUUUGCUUUUGAUGUUUUCCAGCUGCCGCUGCGUGCAUUCGCCGAUGCUCUUGGAGCCCCACAGCUCCAGCCCGACCCGGGCGUACGUGUACGUCAUCGAACCGAUCGGCAGAAAGUAGGUGAGCAGCAUGAACACGAUGUUGUACCUGCCAAAACACAAUUGCCCGGUGCAAUUAGCAACCCUUUGUGUGUGCGUGUUUGUGUGUUGUGUACGCCUUCUUCUUCUCGGCGAGGGAAGAUACUUUUCAGCGAUUCGCUCUACUUACACAUACUCCUGCCUCGAGUGGUUCGAUGGACCGUCCGGCCAUUCGGCGUAGCACAGGAUGUGGUCCUUCAUCGGGUAGGUGGUGAAGAACAGGAGCGUCGGGCAGGAGAUGAUCGUACCGACGAUCCAGAUGCUGGCCGCAACGCACAGUGUUGCCUUCUUGCCCAUGCGUGGCUUCAGCGGGUUCAUGAUGGCGACGUACCUGCAUUUACACACACACACGUGAAAGGAGAAGCGGGUUGGUGUGUGUAUUAGUAUCUGGUUUUGACUUCAAACAAGCAUCUGAACAGCCUGAACUGGCUUCUGCAACAGACUGGCAGCAAACUGGGUACGCGUUCGGGGCCUGAAACGAGCCUUUUGACUUUGACUCUACAACUCUCUCUCACACACACACACACACACACACACACAGAGAGCACGAUAAUCUCGUCCGAAUCCAAAUCGACCAACCGAAGCCAGGGCCAGUAUUAAAUUAAGACAAUUGCAUUAGUGUGCUUUCCUCCGAGUUUGCUGAGCCACGGCUUCGCUUUUCUCAAAUGAUUUAAUCAUCGUACAGCAAAUGGCGACUGGUUGCCAUCGCUUCUUCCGCACCAUUGGAGAUUAUAGUUUCUUCGUUUGCAAAAAAAAAAAACGGUUCGGAGAUCCCGAAAAACCGCCCCGUAACCGUCCGGCGCGAACUCCAAAUGAAUUUCAUCUCGCGCGAUGCACCCCACCGGUACCGGGGAUGUCCCACAGGAUGGCAUACGAAGGGCGAAAACACACGGAAAACUAAUAAUUGUGCAUUCCCUGCUAAACGGCACCGGGCACCGAUGAUGCUUGAUGAUGAUGCAGCCGAGCGAGCCGGUUUCAUCUAAUUGUCCUAAUUAAAUAUUCAUCACUCGAGAGCGCCUCGAGAGUGAGCGGCCGACCCCGCUGUUGGUUCUUGCUGCCAGCACGGGACCAGCGUAGUAUGAGCGUCGCCCGUCCAACUAUACCCUGGACUGGAACUGGGACUGGACGAGGCGAGCCACGGGGCUGAAGCUGCACUCGAAAACGCUUUUGAAUAAUUUAUUACUUGCGCAUAGUUUUUCGGGACGCACACGAAGGCAUUAAAUGGUACGGUGGCGGCUCUGUUGCUGGUGAUCGCCAUUGCUCGUGUUUGGGAGCAAAUACUAGCAAAAAAAAAAAAAAAA